AUGAAGGGAGAAGGUGCGGGCUUCCAAAAGGAGCUGGUGAGCAAACUGCUGCACCUGCACUUCGAGGAUGCCAAGACCAAAGUCAAUGGGGAUGCACUGCAACUUAUGGUGGAAUUGCUGAAGAUCUUUGUUGUAGAAGCAGCUGUCCAUGGGGUCCGGCAGGCCCAAGCAGAGGAUGUGACCCUCAUGGAUGUGGAUCAACUGGAGAAGGUGCUCCCUCAGCUGGAGUCCAGAGGCCGCCCCACACGGAGCAGGCCUCUUGUCUCCUGUGGCCUCUGGUUUCAGACAGGGAAGAUCUUGAGAGGUCUAGAGCAGGAAGAUUGUCCUCCAGCCUUCUCAGGAUGGUGUCAUUUGCCCGGCUUUGCUGCAGGACACAGCCAGUGUAGGGUCUUGAGGACAGGCCCAUAG